AUGGCCAAGAAAACCUAUGAUCUUUUAUUCAAAUUGUUACUUAUUGGAGAUUCUGGAGUUGGGAAAACAUGUGUUUUGUUCAGGUUUUCUGAUGAUGCCUUUACCACGACAUUUAUUUCAACUAUUGGUAUUGAUUUUAAAAUAAAAACGGUAGAAUUGCGUGGAAAAAAAAUUAAAUUACAAAUAUGGGAUACUGCUGGACAGGAAAGAUUCCACACAAUUACUACAUCUUAUUACAGGGGGGCCAUGGGAAUAAUGUUAGUGUAUGACAUAACAACAGAAAAAAGUUUUGAAAAUAUAGUUAAAUGGUUACGAAACAUAGAUGAACAUGCCAAUGAAGAUGUUGAAAAGAUGAUAUUAGGAAAUAAAUGUGAUAUGGAAGACAAAAGAGUCGUCAGUAAAGAAAGAGGAGAAGCCAUUGCUCGGGAACAUGGAGUUAGGUUUAUGGAAACAUCAGCGAAGGCCAAUAUAAAUAUUGACAAAGCUUUUAGUGAACUGGCUGAAGCUAUUUUGGAAAAAACAUCAGGAGUGAGUGUGGAGCCAGUGGACAGGGUUACAGUUGACAGACGGACGGAUCGACAAACUAUUAAGUGCUGUUAG